CAGUUUCCGGCGAGUCCGGCGAGUCGCCUCUCCGGGCUCAUAGGCUCGGCGCAGCCAGCGCGCCCCCGCAAGCGACGAACUCCCACACUUUCCUCGCCCGCCUCGCCUCGCCUCCCUCUUUUAAUCGCAGAAGGACGGCGCACGCGGGGGCCGGGGGCGGCUAGUGCGUUUGCCCGCUCAUCAGCGCCUGCUUGGCAACUACCAACCAACUCGGCCCGUCACCCGUCAGUCUCCUCCUGCGGCUCCUCCUAGUUCUCGCGCGCCGCCGUCCCGCGGGACAGCGCCACGUACGGGCCAAAGCGCGGCGUCCCAAGCUCACAGUCUGCUAGGGUUGCGGAAUGGCUUCGGCAGCGGCGGAGGCGAACGGCGGGGAGGGGGAGGAGCUCCUCCUGCUCUCGGCCGCGGAGGCUGGCCGCGGCGGCGGCGCGACCGCCGAGGCGGAGGAGUCGUGGCGGCUCAACUUCGAGGGGUUCCGCCCGCCGGAGGCGCACCAGGAGAGGCCGCCGACCGGUCCGCUCCACCACUGCCUCGGCGUUCUAGCUCAAGGUCCUGAGGAUGUGGUUGCUGAGUACUACCAACAGCAAGUGGAGAUGCUGGAGGGUUUUAGUGAGAUGGACACACUUACAGAUCGUGGUUUCCUUCCUGGAAUGUCCAAGGAAGAACGAGAAAAAGUUGCCAGGAGUGAAACAUUAGCCAUACGGCUGUCUAACAUUGCAAAUAUGGUUCUCUUUGCUGCAAAAGUGUAUGCUUCAGUAAGGAGUGGCUCACUUGCUAUCAUCGCAUCUACUUUGGAUUCUCUUCUAGACUUGUUGUCAGGAUUUAUCUUGUGGUUUACUGCCUUUUCAAUGCAAACACCAAAUCCCUACAGAUACCCAAUUGGAAAAAAGCGUAUGCAGCCGCUGGGAAUACUUGUUUUUGCUUCUGUUAUGGCAACCCUUGGCCUUCAGAUAAUUCUAGAAUCAAUACGCUCAUUGGCGUCUGAUGGAGACGAAUUCAGCUUAACAAGUGAUCAAGAAAAGUGGCUUGUGGACAUCAUGCUUUCUGUGACAUUGGUAAAACUUGCCCUGGUUAUAUAUUGCCGCUCAUUCACCAACGAAAUUGUCAAAGCAUAUGCACAGGAUCACUUUUUUGAUGUCAUCACAAAUAUAAUUGGCCUGGUUGCUGCACUACUUGCCAAUUAUAUUGAGGGCUGGAUCGACCCACUUGGUGCAAUUGUUCUGGCAAUCUACACGAUCAGAACAUGGUCGAUGACGGUGCUGGAGAACGUACACUCCCUGGUGGGGCAGUCCGCCUCGCCGGAGUACCUCCAGAAGCUGACUUACCUGUGCUGGAACCACCACAAGGCCGUGCGGCACAUCGACACGGUGCGCGCCUACACGUUUGGUUCCCACUACUUCGUGGAGGUGGACAUCGUGCUGCCGUCAAACAUGCCGCUGCGGGAGGCUCACGACAUCGGCGAGGCCCUGCAGGAGAAGCUGGAGCGCCUGCCAGAGAUCGAGCGUGCGUUUGUCCACCUCGACUACGAGUUCACCCACCGGCCCGAACACGCCUUGUCCCACGAGAAAUAGCAUGCAAGUACCGAGCUGAUGCAGCAGGUGGAAGGACACGGGUUCGUAGCUGAAACUAUUUUUGUGUAGCCGCAGAAGAGACCUGAUGCUCGUCUAGUCUCGUCAGCCGUCGCAGCAAACCAAGUAGGGUACAUGCGAUGGGACUGAGCGCAAAGUAGUGCUCUCUGCGAUGGUGUCCUUGUAGAUUACAGCAUCAUGAACUACAUAAUCUGAUUCUCCAGUGAUGGUGAUGAGGACCUAUUUUAUACUGGUCUUCAGCUCUUUAAGUUUGGGGUUGUUUUGUUUAUCUUUUUGCCUGAAGACCGAUGACUGAGCUCUGUAUUAUGCUUUCAUAAUAUAUAGCUCUGUCUAUUGAAUGUCAUA